GCUCAGGUGCUCAAACAAUAAAGGGACUGUUCACUCUCAUAGUGAGGCACUGCAUCUAAAGCACUGUUUCAUUAGGACAAAAGCAGAGCAGAAGCGUUUACAGGCUGAAGGAUUAGCACUAAUGUGCAUUAUCAUCAAAGACAUGUCUCUUUAUUGGAUUAUUGGGCUCCUAGUGCUUUGGUCAGGUGUUAUUACAGCUAUCAAUGUCACAGCAGCUCCUGGAGUUGGCACAACAACUCCAAAUGAAUUCUCUGCCUUUAUCAUUAGCAUAAAAAUAACUAACCGCAUUUACAACGACUCACUUGAGGACCACCAGUCAGAGAACUAUAAAACACUACGACAGGAUGUUGAAAAUUUGUUUCUUGAGACGUAUAGCUUUUCACCAUCAGCUCAGUAUCAAGAGAUUGCAGAGAUGACUUUCAGCAAUGGAUCUGUGAUUGCCAAUUCCACAGUGUUAUUUGGAACUAAUCAAAAUAGUGGACAGACUGUGGGACGCAUCUUUGUUACCAAUUAUCAGCAACACCCCUCACUGAUGCUGGAUCUAAAUAUCAAUUAUACUGCAGAUCAGGAACCCAUUCCUGUCCCACUCUCUCUCUUGUCAAACAUUCCUCAGUCUAUCUCCUCUACAUCCACGACUACAUCCAUCACCAGCCCUAACAGUCACACCACCACAGAGUUAUCUGACCAUGUUCAAUCUGAAAAUGAAAGUUCUACAACUUCUACAACCUUGGCUUCGACCAUCAGUAGCUCAGACAAAUUAACAGACAAUAAUAAUGUCACAACUGCAACCGCACAAACUCAUUCCACCACUAACGGCAGUGACCUGAUCCAUUUUGCUUCUGAGACUACUUCAAAUAGUAUCUCAAACAACAGCAUUACAGCAGUGCAUCCAAGCACCAUCACCUCAACCAUGUCAGCUUCCAGUCCUUCAGCCAUGACAGUGCAUUCAGGCAGCAACAUUUCAACCAUCUCUUCUUCUAGUCCUUUAAACACGACAGUGCAUUCAGGCAGCAACAUUUCAACCAUUUCUUCUUCCAGUCCUUUAAACACGACAGUGCAUUCAGGCAGCAACAUUUCAACCAUCUCUUCUUCCAGUCCUUUAAACACAACAGUGCAUUCAGGCAGCAACAUUUCAACCAUCUCUUCUUCCAGUUCUUCAACCACGACAGUACAUCCAAGCAGCAACAUUUCAACCAUCUCUGCUUCCAGUUCUUCAACUACGACAGUACAUCCAAGCAGCAACAUUUCAACCAUCUCUGCUUCCAGUUCUUCAACCAUGACAGUACAUCCAAGCAGCAACAUUUCAACCAUCUCUGCUUCCAGUUCUUCAACCACGACAGUACAUCCAAGCAGCAACAUUUCAGCCAUGUCUGCUUCCAGUUCUUCAGUUAGUCCAGGGAAAACAGUAACCCAAAAGCCCACAGGACCUGAAGGGACAGACUCAGUGGCAACAGAGCAGGGUGUGCCCGGUUGGGGCAUUGCCAUCUUGGUGCUGGCGGCCAUCAUACUUUUCUUCAUGCUUGUCCUCAUCAUACUGCUGCUGCUGUUUUGGUGCUGUUGGUGGAGACAGCGUGGCUUCAUGAAUGUGUCUGAUCCAGACCCAAUGGGCUAUUAUAACCCCGACAUUCCUAUGUACUCCACUCACAGCACGUAUGACUCACACAACGGCAAGUCACUGAAUCUUAAUUAACAGGAUUCAGACUCAGACAGACCUCCUAAAAACCGGACUGGAAUGUAUGCAGUGAACAAGUGACACGACACCCAGGGCUUAAAGUCAAAUGGUACAACUUUUGAAUUAUACAAUGAAAGCCACGUCAUCAUUUACUCACCACUACUCAACAACAACAUUCAGGUGCUGUUUGGCUCCCCUGCUCUACCUUCCACCUACCAGUCCAGCUCAUGAAGAGGCAACACAUAAAAGCUGUUCACAGACUGACUGGGGAUUCUUCUGUACAAUGUUCAGAAUAUAUAAUGCUGAUUUCAGAGCAAUCACAAACCACUACAUAUUACUGUCACUUUGGAAAACUGCAAUGUUCUAUAAGACAGUAUCUGUUUGCUUAAAAAUGGUUUAAUACAUAUUAUUAUCUAAUGCAAAAUGUCAUUUCAGAUCGGUCUGUGAUGUCUUGCAACAAAGAAGGAUCUAUAUUCGUUUUGGAAAAAGAAAGGAAAGUGUGUCAUUUUAUUUUAAAAAGGAAUACAUUUGAUACAAAGAUACAAAUACAUUUUUUUGCUAAAUUAACCAGGGAUGUCUCUGGUUAAACAGUGUUGAAUGGGAGCAGGUUUAGGGAUAACAAGCUGUGCCAGUGUCCAGAGCACCUCAGCCCCCCAGGGUCAUUGCUUCCUGGGGCUAUUGUGCUCAUAAAAAGGUUUCUUUGUGUGGAUGGGACCAGCUCAAAGAUUCUCCUCCAGGUCUCAAAGGGAAGAAGAGGGAAACAGAAAGAAUGGUGAUAGACAGACCUACAGUACUCUUAGAAAAGUGGAACCCUUCUCCUAAAGAGCUGCUCUUCAUAAAAGAGAAGAACAUACAGAAGUGAAUCAAAUAUUAGCCCAGAAUUAGAUCAAAAGUCUGAGUGUGCAGACCAAUCUGCAAAUCGGAACUCUGUUGAGUCUAUGUAGACACAUAGUCUUACAUGUUUUGUAUAGUCAAAAUUUAUUUUGUGACGUAUUCCAUAUUUCUGCUUACAUCCUGUUACACCCAGACAAAUCCAGGCCAGGCGGGGCUGAAACUGAUAAACAUUCAAGGUGAUAAGGUAACAAGGUGAUUGAACACAUUUCUAUGACAUGAUACUGAAAUAAUUAAAAAUCCUUUUAGGCAUUACUCACUGGUUGCACCCACAGUGGAAUAGGGUGGAAUUUUCAGGCACUUGUGGCCAAAAUAUUUUUUGAAUUACAACUGAAUGUCUCGCUAUUAAUGAAGGUUCCAAUUAGAAUUAGGAUUUAACUAUCCAAAGAAGAACCAGUUUUUGCGUGUAUUUUAUAGAGAAAUGGAAUUUAAAGCCAGUAAAAUGUACACAGGCACAUGUUAUCUGCUGUUACUGUCUGUCUUCAAUUCAAACUGAAGUGUUAGAAAAAAAAUCACUAAAUAAAACAUAAUGCAUUGUCAUAAAAGUUCAUGAUGUGCUUAUGUAUAGAGUCUUUUUUCUGAGGCUAUUCUGUUAAAACUUUUAGUUUCUUAUAAAUGCUUUGCAUACAAUUGACUAUAAUGAAUCUGCCAAUGAUUGUUUUAGCAGCUAUUAAAGUUUCACUGUCCAAAAAAAAAAAAAA